UGGUGGUGCCCCCUUGAAGCACAACAAGUCCAAGGCCGUGCAGACUCUGCCACCGUUGCUGGAAAUGCUAAGCAAGCCCCAGCAGCAUCCGGAGAUGCCUGCUAUAAUGGAGUUCCUCAAUGGCAUCGUGGACUUGGUCAUCAACAGCAGCAGCAACUCCAACGGGGAUAAGGAGUCCAAGCCGGUUGGUUACAUCAAUAAAACCGUCUCUCCGGAUGGCAAGCACCAGAUCAAGGAGUUCGGGAUACGGGCUCCCAACAUGGUGAUCAAGGGAGUGCAGCAGGAAACCAACUAUGGACUGCCCUCGGACCAGAACACCUAUGAGACCUUGUCGGAGGUUUUGCGUCCCUCGUUCAAGCCAAUGAAGAUGCCAAAGAAAUUGGGGCAGGAGCACAACUACGGACUGCCCUCUGAGCCGAUCUCCUAUGAGGCCUUGGAUUUUCUGGGACCCGCUUUCAAGCCCGUUAAGAUGCCCAAGAAAGUGGAGCUGGAGCAGCACCAGUUGAAACCGAAGCAGAAGCAGCGCCAUCAUCGCCGCGAGCCGCAGCUAGGACCCCAGUAUGAAUUGCUCAAUGGCGGCAUUGACAUGGCCCUACGCAAGAACUACGAGAUGAUCGACCGUCUUCUGGAGGACCUCGAGCAGGAGGACGAGCUGCUGCAGAAAAAGAGCCACACUCCCAAUGAGGAGCUCAUCGUGAGCUGCCCGAUUCACCACGAAUUCCAUGCCGAUCGCUAUGGCGAUAUAAUUGAGGAGGAUGUGGUAGAGGUCGAUGAAUGCGAAGCGGUCAAGAUUCUAGAUUAAUCGGAGGGCUUACAGGACAUAUUCAGCUCUCUCCACAGAGAGCACUUUCAACCCAAUGGUUUUCACAAAAUUUGUUUGUUUCUUACAUCGCAUUUCAUAGUGUCAGCCGCCACCCAACUUGUUUCUCUGUUCGGUCAGACAAGGGAAAGUCGGCCUUAAAUUGUUUGCGUUUAAUGAUGUUAAAGUUUACAAAAUCGAGACAUUUUUACACAACAUACAACAUCGAACAUGCGACACACAACAUACUACAUACAACAUUGAACAUACAGUCAUACAACAUACAACAAUUAAUUUGGAAAGGGAGCGCUAAAUAAAUUUAAAACACACACACCCAA